AUGCAGCUGCCGAUUCGUUGGGCGUUCAUGUGCAUGAACGGCUGGGGCCUCAUCCGCGUGCAGCAGGGCGCCGAGCUUGGCGCCUUUGGCCCCUACACCACAUUGAGGACCGAGUGGGCAGCGCAGGACCUCGCAAACAGCCGGCGCGCGCUCGCCGAGCUGCGCUCUGGCCGCACCGCACCCGCCACCGUCUCGCUGGGCGCCGCGGGGGGGCCCGGCGGCUACGACUUUCCCGCCUGGGCACAGGCAGCGGCCGCGGCGCGCGCCGUCGCGUUUGCACUGCGACGGGACGCGGUGCUCGAGGAAUCUAUCAGCACGCAGGCUCUCCACUGGUGCAACUUUGACAGCCCCGACCAAGCUGGCGGCAGCUGCCGCAGCGGCACCUGGCUCGGCGCAGCGCUCGCGCGCCUUGCGGCGUCCAACAACCGCCCCGGCGGCGACGGCCUGCCGCCCGAGCGGUGCCUGCCCUACGAUCCGCUCGCGGGGCCCGCCGGCGGCGCGCGCGCCGCGUGCGUCCCACGGGUCAGCGGGCAGGGCUGCGGCGGGCGGCGGCCGGCGUACUCAGAUGGCAGCUUCGCUUUCUUUGAUCUGUUGGAGCAGUGGGAGGUGCAGCGCCACCUGCGCAACCACGGCGGCGUCAUCACGCGGGUCGACCUGACCCCAGAAUUCAUGGCCUUCUUCAACGCCACCCCGCGCGGCGUGCUGACCAGCGCGCCGCCGGCGCGCGGGAAGGUGGAGCAGCACGCUGUAGUGAUCGUGGGCUACGACAAUAUCGAGGGCUGGUGGCGCGUGCGCAACAGCUGGGGCGUGGACUGGGGCGAUGGCGGCUACUUCAGGAUUGGUUACACCGCCGCCUUCAGCCUCGGGAUGCUGUCGCCUGGGGACACCUUCGGCCUGACCUGGACGCCCCGGCAGCAGCCGCAGGCGCCGCGGCUGGAGAGGCACGAGGUCUGGGGCGCCUGCGGCUGGUACACCGCGCGCCCCGCGGGCGAGUGGCUGGCGGACGUCGGGUACAAGUUCAAGGCGAGCCAUGGCGGCGCAAACCUCCGCUGUUGA